UCGGUCUCGUCUCCUCUCUCCUCCUUCGGUGGCACGACCGGUCCCGCCCAGCUCCGCCUUUCCUGGCCCCUCCCUGUCUCGCAGGAUGGCUGCGGUGCUGCCGGGCCUGGAGCCUUGGAACCGCGUGAGAAUCCCCAAAGCGGGGAGCAGCAGCGCAGUGAGAGUACAGGACUCCAGCGAGUCCUUGGGCCUUUGUGUCGCAGCUGUAAUCAGAGAGUGCUCUCUGGUUAUGCUGUCACUGAAGAGCCAGACCUUAGAUGCGGAAACAGGUGUGUUAUGUGCAGUCCUUUACAGCAAUCACUACAGAAUGGGCCGCCACAAGCCUCACUUGGCCCUGAAACAGGUUGAACAAUGUUUAAAACGUUUGAAAAACAUGAACUUGGAGGGUUCAAUUCAAGAUCUGUCUGAGUUGUUUUCUUCCAGUGAAAAUCAGCCUUUAACUACCAAAGUGUGUAUCAUCCCCAGCCAACCAGUGGUAGAAUUAGUGCUGGUGAAGAUUUUGGGAGCCUGUAAAUUAUUACUUCGUUUGUUGGACUGUUGCUGCAAGACAUUUCUCUUGACUGUGAAACACCUAGGUUUGCAAGAAUUCAUUAUUUUAAACCUUGUAAUGGUUGGGUUGGUGAGCAGAUUAUGGGUUCUCUAUAAAGGUGUUUUAAAAAGGCUGAUCUCUUUAUAUGAGCCAUUGUUUGGAUUGCUUCAAGAGGUCUCUAGGAUUCAACCAUUGCCUUACUUCAAAGAUUUUAUCUUUCCUUCUGAUAUUGUUGGAUUUUUAGGACAGCCCUAUUUUGAGGUCUUUAAGAAAAAUAUGCCUGCAGCUUUUGCAGCUAAAGGAGUAACUAAAUUGCUAAAUAAACUAUUCUUAACAAAAGAGCAAUCCCUGAGGUGUAGUGAAGAAACUUUACUUAGAAUUUCAAAAAAAACUAAACAAAUGAAGAUCAAUCUACAGAAUAAUGUGGAUCUUGGAGAGCCAGUAAACAAUAAGAAAAUCCUCAAAGAAAAGUCAUCUGGAUUUGAUGUGAGGGCUUUCUGCAAACAACUGAAACACAAAGCUAUUCAGGAGGCCAGCUUUGAGCGUGAAUGUCCUCAGCCCCACCUAAAAGCAACCAAACAUUCUUCUCAGAGAGUGAUAGGAACUCCUUGUGCGGAAGGUUUUGUGCAAAGACUCCAAGAGGCUGAGACUUUCAUACAACUUUCUGAAGAAAUCCAAAUGGCGAUUCUGUGGUGCAGGAGCAAAAAACUCAAGGCUCAGGCUUCCUUUCUGGGCAACAAACUUCUUAAAAGUAACCGCCUAAAACAUGUGGAAGCCCAAGGUUAUAGUUUGCCCAAGAAACUAGAGUGCAUAAAAACAUCUAUUUGCAAAUGCCUUCUUCGUGGCUCAGGUAGCAAAACUUCAAAGCAUCAUCUGAGACUAAGAAGAUCACAGAAUAAAUUUUUACCGAGACAGAGAAAACCACAGAGAAAGCUGCAGUCAACUCUUCUAAAGGAAAUUCAGCAGUCCGCCCAACAGACUCAGACUUUUACAGUAACCAGCAAACAGAGACUCUCACAUUGUAUAGGUCAUAGGACUGAUCUGUACCCUAACAGUAAGCAAACCUUGAGUAGCCGAGUUUCCAACCCUGUCCUACAAACUAAGGAGAAACAAAAUCACGAAAAUCUAAUAAGGAGGAAUGAAAAUGAGACUGACUCAUGGACAAUGAUGCAAGUAAAUAAAAAUACAUCAGGAAUCAUGAAGGAGACAGAUGAUAUUGAUGAUAUUUUUGCUUUAAUGGGAGUUUAGAUGCUCAUAAGUGAGGCCUUUAAGUGAUGAGCAAACUAGUUCAGUGUUCUGCUAUUUUAAGUGAAACUCCUGAGAUCUGCAAAGAUCUGAAAGUACCACGUGGACUCAGAGAAGAAAUGAUUUAGUGCAGCGUUACAUAGCUGAUCAUUUCAGUUCAAUAAACAUUUGUAGUUUUGUGUCAUUUAAUCAUUUACUACUAAACAGUCAAAUCUGACUUUGACUAAAUGCUGUGUUAAGAUGAAAAAUCUACCAUAUCCUGCCCUUGAAAAGCAGAUGCAAUUCCUUCAUGAAGCUGGCAGGUCCCAGAAAAACUGAAUAAUUUUAUGCCUUACCAGGAAAUUAAGACCUGAAUAAUUAGGUUUGUAAAAACCUACCCUGUGCCUUAAGAUAAAUGGGGAGUGGAAGUGGGGAGUAGCAAGGAAGCACCUAAAAGGCCACUCAGACCUUACUGGCUGGGUUAUAGGCAAGUCCACUUCUGGACAACAAGGUCUGUAGCUUCUAAGGGUGGUGCUGUCUUGUUGAUGUAUUAGAAUUGAUCAUCAAAGGAACUCAAAAGUUUUGCCACUAAUAUAUUACCAGGGACUGGUCACAACCAUUAUCACUAUUCACCUUAAUUCACAUAAGAGCGUAUUAAUACGCUUUUGGAAAUUUCCAAAAGUUUGUGGGAUUUUUUUGGUUUAUUUAUUUAUAGGGUAUGAGUGACUGGUUCCAAAAAGGAUAUGAGGUGACUCAUGGUUACACAUGAAAUACAAUAGGAUAACAAAGUAGAAGUAGGUAAGAAAGUUAAAUGAAAAAAAAAAUAAAAACUAGGAAACACAAAAUAGACCAGGGAAUGAGGCUAAACAUAAAUUUAUAAUUUGGGACUGGUGUUGUCACCUGACAUUUGUAUGUUGCUUGUUCAAGUGUUCUGAGAGGGUGAAUCUUAACAGAUUUUCAAAUGAUGUGAAGUUUGAAGUAAUUUUUCAAAUGUUCUAGCUUACUAGAAAGGUUAAUAAGCUUCUCUGUUAAGUAGGUCGUAGCCUGAAGUUUUAUUUACAUACAGACAUAAAAAAAAUAAUGCAUUGAUAUGUACUGCAUCCUUCUUUUCCUCAGCCACCCUAUCAUUUUCUUCUAUUUUCUUUCACUCCUUUACCUGGCCUUGUUCUUUCCCUGUUUUCUGCAUAUUUUCCCUUUAUCUAUACCAGUUGUUCUCAUACUUUAGGCUGAGAAUCACCAUGUGGGCUGUUUAGAAGUGCAGACUCCCAGUCCCUUCUGAAGACAUAAACACAGCCAGGGAAUAGAGCCAGAAGUCUGCAAUUUUAAUUGGGUAUAAAGUGCCCAGGAGAUUUUGAUAUACAAGAAGUAGCCUGAAAUGUAGUUGGAUAAACACUGGUUUAGCUCCCUUUCCCCAAGAUGGAACACCCUGAUUUGAGUCCUUAAUAUUGAAUGGCUUUUCAUUGUUUGUAUUUCUCCUAGCUUCCUACCAAGUGGCAGUAGCUACUUGGUAUUGCCUUCAAACAUAGGCAAUACCAAGGAAAUCUUAUUCAUGACACAUCUAGAAAUAGCCAUGACUCCACUGCUCUAGUGUUUCCCUGGGCCUAGGUUCCUUCACCUGAAGUGGCCAAAAAUCAAACUUUUAUAGUGGGAAAUGAUCCCUCAUUGGAAAAACCAGAGUGGUUUAGUGAGUUGUCUAAGGACGUAAAACUAUAAAGCCCUAACUGAACUAAAGGCUAGCUUUUUUUUCUGCCUCAUUAAUGUUCCCUUGGAGUAAGCUUUUUCAUCUCCUUUUCUCAUCUUGUGCUCCUUACAAUUCUCGGAAAAACAGUAAAAAGCUUCAUAUGAUAUGUCUACAAAAUGAUAAUUUAUAUGUAUGUGUAAGGAAUGUAGUAUUCUGUAUCAGUUACUCUUCCAAACAAUUUAAAUUCAAAUGUUUUAAAUUUUUUAAAGUGAAGGAUAAAAUAAAACCAUAACUUACCUAGUAAGUUAGAUCAGAAGUUAGUGUCAUCAUAGUGAAUAUCAAUUUAAUCACAUCUGCUGGCAUUAGAACACUCAAGUCAUUCAUAAGAGAAGGGUGAUGAGACUUCCCAUGUGUCCUGAAAUCCCUGACCAUCCUACUUCAGCUGUUGCCAUGGCAACCUAUUUGGAAUAGGACAGGCAACUGUACCUUGCCUCCUGGUCCAGGGACCUCUCACUUCCUGCUGCCUGGCUUUUUUUUUUUUUAAUAAAUAUUUUCAUAUGCAACCUUGUC